CUGUAGUCAGAGAGGAGAGCAGUGGGGGGACGUCAGUUUCUUCUUGGAGUCCUCGAGGAGAAUAAGAGUAUUUGCCAGUCAUCUGCGAAGAGCAUUCGUCUACACUACAUUUUGUUCCGGGCGCUACAGUGCUGUAACUAACAUUCUGUUGUGGGCACUCCACACUUGCAGGUGAGAAGAACGUACGAGUCGCUGCACUACAGUAAAUUACUAACUCCCUGGUGCAUAAAUUUCAAUACAUUCUCGAUCCAGAAAGGAGGAGUUAUUGAGGAAUCAGACGUCUCAUCACAGUCACCAUAAGAGGGUUGGAGCGUACGUGACUGAGAUGCGCAGCAAAUCGCAACAGAUGUGCGCUGCCGCUAUCUGGACAGCUUGCCUCGUGACAGAAAUUCACUUUAGGUCUGCCAGCGCUCAACUGAAUUUCCCAUACAAGAAACUUGCCAUAUCGGACGGUCAAUUAACCACGCCGCAGCUGAUCACGAAAUACAGCUAUCCGGAAGAGACGCACAAGGUACGCACUGCCGACGGCUACGUUCUGACAGUUCAUCGCAUCCCACACACACCGACAGAGCAGCAGGCAGAUGACAGACCGCCCGUACUUCUACUGCACGGCCUUCUCGGCAGUUCAGCGGACUGGGUCAUCGCUGGUCCCCACAAGGGACUAGCAUUUGUCCUGACGGACGCUGGAUAUGAUGUGUGGCUCGGGAAUGCACGCGGAAACACAUACUCCAGAAGACAUGACUAUCUCACUACACGUGACAAAGCAUUCUGGAACUUCAGCUGGCAUGAGAUGGGUGUGUACGAUCUACCCGCCAUGAUUGACCACGUGCUUGCUGUUUCUAACAAACCUUCUCUGUACUAUGUGGGCCACUCUAUGGGCUGCACCAUGUUCUUUGUGCUUACAUCGAGCCUUCCUCAUUACAACUCCAAGAUCCGCAUUAUGUUUGGCUUCGCACCUGCUGCUUUCAACUCGCAUGUAAAGAACGAUUUGUUCAGUAUAGCACAGUUCAGCAGAGUGGGGUCCGAAGUUGACAGCUUGUACAACAGUGAGUUCUUUCCCAACAAUUGGAUGCGAGGCCGACUGGUACAGAGAUUUUGUCGGGACGGUGUUCCCACACAAGGCAUCUGUUCCAGCGUACUGUUCCUGCUUGGUGGACUGAACUCAACUCAGCUCAAUACUACAUUAUUGCCAGUGAUUUUUUCCAACUUUCCCGCUGGAUGUUCAUUAAAAUCAUGGAUCCACUACGGGCAACAAAUGAGAUCAGGAAGAUUUCGGCAGUAUGACCACGGCACUGCCCUUAACUUGAAGCACUACGGAACGCCAGAGCCACCAGACUACAACCUGGCAGCCAUCACUGCGCCUGUAAGUCUACAUAUUGGUGACGGCGACCCGUUGAUACCGUACGAGGAUGUCACGAAAUUGUACAGAGCCCUCCCUAACGCGGUUGGUCUCUUCCGAGUUCCACUGUCCACAUUCGGUCACUUCGACUUCUUGUGGGGACUCGACGCAAAUAACUUAUUGUACGACUUUGUCAUCAGCCUCAUGAAGAGAUUCUGACAUUUGGAUUCCUCACUGCCUGUUUUAACUGCCUGUAUUACGUAAAGCUAUAGAAGCUCAUGUGUGUGUAUUUAUCUGCAUGUGAAUUGAACGUGGAGAGAGCUCCGAGGAGGGUGUAUCCAGCACAAAGAGGCCAGGAGUAUAUUUUAACCUAAGAAAGAGGAAGGCACAGAAAAUUACAGAGUGAAGUGCAAUACAAUUUGUGCUCUUCACGUAAUAACUUCAUGCAGUUAAGGAUAAUGUGACGAGUAGGACAUAUAUCACAUAAAAAGGAUACAAGAAAUGCCUACAAAAUAUAGUUUGAAGAUCCAAAGAAUGAACGACUUAGGAGACCUAGACUUAGGUCUCUGGUUAUUAAUAUGGAUCUUAGAUAAAUGGGGAGAGUCAUUAUGGGCAGAAACCAAUUUAUUCGGGAGAGAGUCUAGUGGCAGGAUUUUGUGUAAGAAGUUUGGGUUCUCUGAAAAUCGAGAUUUAGUUGACCAGCUGAGCAACUGUCAUUUUUAACUGAAGGCCCACAGCCAUGGAGCUCACUUUUUUCUAGUUAUCUAGAUUAUUAGAAAAUUGAUUAGAGCGUAGAGGGACGACGUAUCUGUAAUUCAGAUGGUGUGAUUAUGUGUUUGUGUUUUGAGGAAGGGGCUACUCUUUCUGAGGAAAAUGUUUCACAUAUUUCUGUUGGUAGUACAAACGGUUGGAAUAAGAUAUUCGCAAGGCGUGUUGUGUCCAUGCUAGUGAAAUUUUCUGAAGCAGUAUGACAGAGUCUUCUUCGUUGAAACAUUUCCUUGAUUCGAGCGAUGAUAAUUCCUAUUAAUAUAGUAGGUUACGAGCCAUACACUGGUACGGAAUCUGUCAAUCUAAUUUAAGUGUGUAGUCAGUUAAUUUAUCUACUCUCAUGCUACAAACCGGAAGGUCGGUGGUUCAAGUCCCGAUGAGGUCAUUAUAUUUUAUAAUUGACUUAAUCC